CGUUUCCUGAACAGAUGAACAUUUGUGUUUUUUAAACAAGAAACUGUUUAUUCUUCAUAUGAGGUUAUUUUAAAAAAAAAAUGGAUAUGAUGUACAAUUACUAAACACCCGCUGUGAAGUGGAAAACAUUUUCCACAAACAAACAAAACAAAAUUGGAUUGGAUUGGUCUAAGCAGAUUCGCUGUUGGUGAAGUUUCGCUGCACUGAGCGUUUGUAAAUCUGCGUCGUGGUGCUAAAGGCACAGCUAAGGUUAGUCAGCUGAUUCAUUCACAUGACAAACCCGUUUAGCUUCGGUCCCGUUUACCGGUGCUGUGCAAGUACACAAGAGAAUUGUUUCCAUACGACGGAAACCAUCCUAUUAAAGUUAGUUUGGGGGCUACACGGAGAAAACGGAUGAGUGAAGAUAUCGGACGGUCCACAAACAGCUAACUAUGCUACUAAAAACACACUGAGUCCACACAAAGAGGAGCAGCCAGGGUUAGCUACGCGGCUUCAGCACUGUUGAUGUGCUGUUCACUCCUGUAGAUUUUCUGUUUUCACUUCCUCUAGGAACUUGCUCAUAGCUUCCAAAAUGAAUCCAGAGGGGAAGAGGCUUUUAAACAUUGUUAUCCUAGGAUUCGGCUUUAUGUUCAUGUUCACAGCUUUUCAAACAUGUGGAAAUAUAGAGCAAACGGUUAUCAAGAGCUUCAAUAGCACUGAGUUCCAUGGAAGCGGGUAUACGAGUAUGGCCAUCAUCUAUGGAGUUUUCUCUGCAUCCAACCUGAUCGCUCCUUCAGUGGUGGCUGUCAUUGGACCACAGCUAUCAAUGUUCUUUAGUGGGCUUUUGUACAGCGGCUACAUCGCCAUGUUCAUUUACCCGUACACAUGGAGCUUCUACACAGCGUCUGUGUUGGUUGGAAUUGGAGCAGCGGUGCUCUGGACGGCUCAGGGUAAUGUGCUCACCAUCAACUCCAAUGACGCCACCAUCGGAAGAAACAGUGGCAUAUUCUGGGCGCUGCUGCAAUUCAGCUUGUUCUUUGGAAAUCUCUACAUAUACUGUGCCUGGCACGGACAUGUCCACAUAACAGACAAAGACCGUCAGACGGUGUUCAUCUCUCUCACGGUGAUCAGUCUGGUUGGCUGCUUCCUCUUCUUUUUGAUCCGGAAGCCUGACCCUGAAUCCUCUCCCGCCGAGGCGUCAGAGUCCCUGCUGCAGGCCGAAUCCACAGAGAGCUCCACAGCUAGCUCAUCUCACUCAGGCCUCUGCUCACAGGCUCUGAAUGCUUUUGUCCAAGCGUGCAAAAUAUUUGUCACCAAAGAGAUGAUGCUGCUGAGCAUCUCCAUAGGAUACACAGGCUUGGAGCUCACCUUCUACAGCGGGGUGUACGGGACGUGUAUUGGAUCGAUGACCCGGUUUGGCCAAGAUGCAAAGAGUUUGAUCGGUAUCUCUGGGAUCUGCAUCGGCAUAGGCGAGAUCUUAGGAGGGGGCGUGUUUGGGAUGCUGAACAAGUGCAACCGGUUUGGUAGGAACCCAGUGGUGCUGCUGGGGCUCAUCACUCACUUUGUUGCCUUUUACCUGAUUUUCCUGAACAUUGCAAGCGAUGCUCCUCUGGCCCCGGAGGCAGGAACAGAUCUGCAGGCCUACAUCAGCCCCAGUGUCAGCGUGGCAUUGCUCUGCAGCUUCCUGCUCGGUCUGGGCGACAGCUGCUUCAACACUCAGCUUCUCAGCAUCAUUGGCUUCAUGUUCCGUGACAACAGCGCUCCCGCCUUCGCCGUGUUCAAGUUCAUCCAGUCCAUCAUGGCCGCUUUGGCCUUCUUCUACAGUAACUACCUGCUGCUGCACUGGCAGCUGCUCAUCCUGGUGCUGGCCGGUUUUCUGGGCUCGAUGAUGUUCUUCGUGGCCGAGUGGAUGGCGGAGUCCAGCAGGCGGGAAUCGGACUACGACAGCAUCUGAUCUGGUUCCGGUGAGGAUGUGGAGGGCACAGCUGGAGAUGUUUCGCUCUCCACAGCUGGAAAAAUCAGCCAGGGAUGAUGAAGGUAUCCUCUGCUAACAGAGACUGACACUGUGGUAUGUUUAGUUUAUAUGGAGCCACCCGGUCUGUACGGAGCCUGGCAGUGGCUGCAGGAGAACCAAACACUCAUCUUGAUCUCAACAUUUUUCUAUACUGAAUCUAAAGGCAUGGGGAGGUAUUGUGUGCACACCAGAUAUACCUCAUUUAGUUUCAUUCAUGGCCUGUCUUUCAUCGUGUUGUGCACACAAUAUGGUAAUCGAUCUAAACUAAAUAUGAAAAUAUACAUGGCAUGAUGAGUAGAGAUUUCUUAAUCAAGUAUCAAGCACUUUUGAUUCAAGGCCUGUCAGCUAUGAUAUAAAGUAACAGUAAUGGGCCCACGGCUAGUGCCUGUACAGAGAGCUCCUGAGGAGUAACACUGACUAUAUCAUGAAUCAGCUGCAGGUUUUAAUGUUUUCAGUUGGUGCAGCUGCUGUGGCUGCAUGUGUAGACUUACAUGAUAACUCCGGCAUUUUUGAACCUGGGCCUUAUUUUCUAUGUUUUUGAGUGUAACUAUUGGCAAAAUAUCCUUUUUUUUCCUCUUUUUUUUUUUUUUAAACAACCAUUAUGUCCCUACGUUCAAAGACACCAGACUCCAUUGUGUGACUUUCAGUGGUGGAGGAACUAUUCAGACCCUUCAGUUAAAGUACCACACAAAAAACACAAACAAACGAAUUGUGGCAGCGGUAGACCAGCAACUUCUGCGAGGUAAAAUGUUUUUAUCAAGGAGCCUGGUGGCUUUGAACGUAGCGAUAUAACAGCUGUUCCAUGUUUAAAAAAAGAUCUUACUUUUAAACACAAAAGUCUAUCUCUGAAGGAAUCCAUAAUGUUGUCAGACAACAAUCUGAACCUGUCAGUACCAAAAGAAGAACUUUUGUGGGCGUAUUUUGAUGUGAACAGCUGCACCAUUUUUAUUACAUUGCAACAGCUGUUUGUCUUGGUCAAUAGUAGACUGAAUGCAAAGAUAUUUGUCCCUAACAAUCCUUUACACCCAAAAAUGUGAGGAAAAUAAGCCCCAGGUUGAAGAAAAAUCCUGUAAGUUAUCCUUUAAAGGAUAAAUGUGGUGUUUUCUUCUAUUCUAUAUUUUUCUUUUUCUCAACAACUCCCAUGAAAAGACCAAAAUCAACAGUGAGUGAGUUCCAUUAACAAGCGUCAGAGCGUGAAAUAGCUGAUUCCUCUGAGCCACAGAGCUCCACUGUUUUCAAACACUAUUAAAACACAUCAGUGAGCCUCACUGUUGCACUG